AUGGCCGAUAUGUUUUCUCGCGUCCAUAAUCGGCUUCUGGUCAAGAACCGGGACCAAGACGGAAACCUCAGGCCGGUCAACGCUAUCGACAAUGACUCCAUUCGGCCGACUCCCGUCAAAGAUCGGACCUGGACACAGGUGACCUACAUUUCGUUUUGGUUUGCCGCCACCGCCAAUGUGAGCAAUCUGUAUUCGGCCGCGACGGGCCAGUCGGUCGGUCUGAACAUUUGGGAAGCCCUGGCCUGUCAGCUGGGCGGUCAGUUCCUCGCUGGCUUGCUCAUGGCGCUCAAUGGCCGCGCCGGAGCAGUCUAUCGGAUCCCGUAUCCAGUCUUGUGUCGCUCUAGUUUCGGGACCUGGGGUGCGCUGUGGCCCACUUUCAAUCGUGCCGUCAUGUCCAUUGUUUGGAACGGUGUCAAUGCUGUUCAGGGAGCGCAGUGUUUAUAUGUCUUGCUUCAUGCCAUUUUCCCCUCCAUUGCAAAUAUACCGGAUCGAAUGGGGUCGGCGUCUGCCUUGACCUCUGCGGGCAUGAUUUGCUUUUUUGUAUACUGGCUCAUUAACUGCGCAUUCCUCUUUGUGCCCGUUCCGCGCAUGAAGAAUCUAGUGUACAUCAAAGUCGUAGUCUUUUACGCUGCCGCCAUUGCCCUCACAGCUUGGACAGUGACCCUGGGUGGUGGUUCAAAGGCGGCGCUCAACGAGCCAUCCACUCUGCAAGGAUCGGAAAAGUCGUGGGCAAUUUUGAGAUUCUUCUUCCUGGGUCUGGCCAGCUGCGGUACCUUCAUUUCCAACGCCGCAGAUAUGCAGCGUUAUGCGCGAAAGCCCAAUGAUGUCGUGGCCGGCCAGGUCGUGAGCUUUCCUAUUUCCAACAUUGUGACGGGAAUUCUUGGCAAUGUGAUUGCUGCCGCAAGCAAACCCAUCUUUGGCGAGAUGAUUUGGAACCCCCUGACUACACUCGACAUGUUGAUGGACGGAGAUCGAUACACGCCAGCUAACCGUGCUGGCUGCGCUUUCAUCUCGCUAGCUUUUGUGUAUUCGACUGUUUUUUCAGCCAUAUUUGAAAACUCGAUUCCUGCCGGAAACGAUAUUGCGUCGCUACUCCCUAAAUACAUUACCAUUAAGCGAGGCUUCUUUAUUUGCGCAGUGCUCUCAUACGCCAUUUGCCCCUGGUAUCUGCUCUCAUCCGCAGCAAUCUUUGUGACCUUCCUGUCGUCGUACCAAAUCUUCCUCUCGGCGAUUGCGGGUAUCUUGAUCUGCGACUACUAUAUUCUGCGCCGCGGCUAUCUCGACAUUCCAGCGCUGUAUUCACGUAACAAAGGUGGUCCAUACACCUACUUCCACGGUUGGAAUCUGCGGGCGUUUGCCGUAUACUUGAUUGCCAUUGCGCCAAACUUUUACGGAUUCUUGAACCAGAUGGGUGUGGCUGCUCCCAUCGGUAUUCAGAGAUUCUACUACGUGGCCUAUCCAGUUGGAGUGAUCUUGGCACUGGGCGCAUAUUAUCUGGUCAACGUCCUGUUCCCGCAGAGAUCUGCAAAACAGCCAUCUGGAUGGCUCGAGCCCAAGGACUACGUCGAUGCGUACGAUGCGUCGGCAUCACAAGGUAUUGUUGUUGAGGCAGUCGAGCCAAACUUGGAAGCUGCAAGGUACCAAGGGUUGGUCAUGGAUGGGAAGGGCCAAGCUAUGGAAAAGACGCAAUAUUAA